GAGAGAGGGGGAAAGCAGAAGGCAGCGCUCUGUCAGGAGUGAGGGAGAGCGAGACGGAGGCAGAUAGAGUGAGGUACCGGCUCAUCGGAGAGACAGACGAAUUGGUGGGGGAACGCGUGCAGGCAGACGGGGAGAGGUGCAGCAGUGGCGUCUGCAGCCGCCCAGUUCGCAGCUGAGUCGUGAUUACAGCCGGGAGCAGGCAGGGUGAAAGGGCUCCCUCCGCUGCAGUUCAGCAGCCAGCCAGGCGGGCACAUUCCCCCUCCCUGCGCUCUGAUUGGCAGAGGAGUUGACACAGCUGGGACGAGUCACCACACACACACACGAGGCGACUACCCAGUUGGAGGGGGGCUAUAUUCGUCCGCUGCUGUCAGACGAUGGUGUCGCCCAGCAGGAGCAGCAAUGCUGGCCAGGGGGAACAGGUUGACUGAAGUAUGAAAAAAGUAUGUCAGGGCUGGAUAAGGACGAGGAACCUGCUUACAGAUUCUACUUCUACUCUGCCUCGUUUCAGCGUUCCAACAGCCAUGACAAGGUGAGGAAGAUCGUGGCGGAGGAAGGCCGCGCAGCCCGCAACCUCAUCGCCUGGAGUGUGCCUCUCGAGAACAAGGAGGAGGAAGGAAAAUCGAAAACUCAGACCAACAGCCAUGCAAGAACACAGAGGAUCAACACUGGUCAGCAUAGGAACAAAAAGCAGGGUAGCGGGGGUGGGCCGCUGUCCGAUAAGGGCUCUGAGAAGAGCCCCACCAAGGCGCGGCAGCCGCGGAAGGUGGAUCUGCGCGCCCGCUACUGGGCCUUCCUGUUCGAUAACCUGCGCCGAGCCGUGGACGAGAUCUACGUCACCUGCGAGUCCGACCAGAGUGUAGUGGAGUGCAAGGAGGUGCUGAUGAUGCUGGACAACUAUGUGCGUGACUUCAAAGCCCUCAUCGACUGGAUUCAACUCCAGGAGAAGCUGGAGAAGACAGAUGCUCAAAACAGACCCACGUCGUUGGCCUGGGAAGUCCGCAAGAUGUCUCCAGGUCGUCACGUCAUGCCCAGCCCCUCUGCAGACCGCAUGGUGCCCUCACCCAACGCCCGCCGCAACCUCAACUUCGGGGGUCCCCCUCCGACACUGGCCCGUCUAUCCCACACGGGACUGAGCUGGGCCGACCGGGUCAAGUUCUCCCAGUCCCUCCCCGUGCCCGGCCAGAGUGUCACCUGUGCUGCAGAGAAGCAAGGAAAGAAGGAUGCUGAGGGCUGGGAGACGGUCCAGCGCGGCCGCCCCGCCAGGCCUCGUUCGGCGGCCAUCGUCGCCAAGGUGACCCCAGUUAUGGCGCAGGUCAGCCCCAAGGACGACAGCGACAAGGAGAACCAAAACAAGGCCCUAAUCCAGCCGGACCGUAGCCCCCAGGACAAAGACCCGGCCCAGCCCAACCAGCAGGACCCUCGAGACCCUCGCCCCGACAGCGAGAACGAGAAGGCGCCCGUCAUCGAGUCCCUCUCUGACAGUGCACGGGACCAGGAGCAGUGUGUCAUUGCACCCCAAGAGGAAGUGCCACCCCCUGCCCCCCCCCCUGACACCCCCCAGCCUUCCAACCAGAACCAGGCAGCCCUAUCCCCAACCCAGACCCAGACCCCAGCCUGUGAACCGGCCUCCGAGGCCUUAGCUCCAGCGUCAGCCCCGGAUCCACCUCUUGACUCUCCACCCUCACCCCCUCCUCCGGAACCCCCUCUCCUGCCCGGCCCGGCCCAGGCAGAGGAGGGUCAGGGUGGGCAGGGGCCUCUGGGGGAGUGGGAGGCUUUGGGGGUGGCGGUGGUGGCUGCAGUGGAGGGCACGGCACCAUCUGCUGCGGCAGCAUCGCGGCAGACUCCCCUGGCGGAGGUGAAACUGGAGAGUGUGCUGGACCCCACAGAGCUUUCCACCCCCCAGUCCAUGGCCGAGGUCUUAGCCAAGAAGGAGGAGCUGGCCGACCGGCUGGAGAAGGCCAACGAGGAGGCCAUUGCCAGCGCCAUUGCAGAGGAGGAGCAGCUCACACGGGAGAUCCAGGCCGAGAACAACGAGCUGGAGACCGACAACGACUUCUCCGCAAGCAUUGGCAGUGUAGGCUGUGGACUCAACCUGGACUGGACUGACAUGUUGGCUGACUACGAUGCGCGUGAAGCCUGGAGACAGAGCACAUCGUGGGGAGACAUGGUGGAGGAGGAGCCGGCCAGGCCCCCUGGACAUGGCAUUCACAUGCACGAGAAACUCUCCUCGCCCUCACGCAAAAGGACUAUCGCAGAGUCCAAGAAGAAGCACGAGGAGAAACAGCUGAAGGCCCAGCAGCUUCGGGACAAACUACGCGAGGAGAAGACCCACAAGCUUCAGAAGCUUCUGGAAAGGGAGAAGGAGGUAAGGAAGUGGAAGGAGGAGCUGCUGGACCAGCGGAGGAGGAUGAUGGAGGAGAAGCUGCUCCAUGCUGAGUUCAAGCGCGAGCUGCAGCUGCAGGCCAUUGUGAAGAAGGCCCAAGAGGAGGAGGCCAAGGUGAAUGAGAUUGCCUUCAUCAACACACUGGAGGCCCAGAACAAGCGGCAUGACGUGCUGGCCAAGCUGAACGAGUACGAGCAGCGGCUCAACGAGCUGCAGGAGGAGCGCCAGAGGAGGCAGGAGGAGAAGCAGGCGCGCGACGAGGCCGUGCAGGAGCGUAAGAGAGCUCUGGAGGCGGAUAGGCAGGCUCGUUUGGAGGAGUUGCUGGUGAGGAGACGCGAGCAGGAGGCGCGAAUCGAGCAACAACGCCACGAGAAAGAGAAGGCCAGAGAGGAUGCUGCGAGAGAGAGAGCCAGAGACCGCGAGGAGCGUCUGGCGGCUCUGAGUGCAGCUCAGCAGGAGGCCAUGGAGGAGCUGCAGAAGAAGAUCCAGAUGAAGCAUGAUGAGAGUAGCCGUCGGCACAUGGAGCAGAUUGAGCAGAGGAAGGAGAAGGCUGCUGAGCUCAGCAGUGGCCGUCACGCCAACACCGACUACGCCCCCAAGCUCACGCCCUACGAGCGCAAGAAGCAGUGCUCCCUGUGCAACGUCCUGAUCACGUCCGAGGUGCACCUGUUCAGCCACACCAAGGGCAAGCGGCACCAGCAGGCAGUGCGGGAGAGCAGCAGCAUCCAGGGUCGAGAACUGUCCGACGAGGAGGUGGAGCACCUCUCCUUGAAGAAGUACAUUCUGGACAUCGUGACGGACGGCUCGGUGCCGCCAGAGAGCGUGAAGGAUGGGGAGGAGAAGCAGCGCGCCCGCAAGAAAGCCAAGAAGCUCCGUGCGCGCAUGAACUCCAGGGCCAAAGAGUACGAGACGGCGGUUGAGGCAAAGACCCAGGUUCCAGAGUCUCCAUACAAGGCCAAGCUCCAGCGACUAGUGAAAGACCUGCUGAAGCAGCUUCAGGGCCAAGAGAGUGGCCAGUGGGCCAACAACCGUGUGAGUGGCCUGGACCGCACCCUUGGGGAGAUCUCCCGCAUUCUGGAGAAACAGAACAAUGCAGAUCAAGUAGCGUUUCAGGUGGGAGGGGGACUCUCUGCCCUGGAACAGAUUCUGCAGGUAGUCACCGCCACCUCCACUCCGGCUGCAGUCCCACGCAUUCCACUCAAAUCCCUUUGUGCUGCUGCCCACACAUACUACCUGGCCUGCUCGCGCUGCUACACCAACUGCACCUAUGUCCUCUACAGUAACAAGAUCACGCUCCUCAUGGACCUGCUGCUGCAUCAGCUAUCGCUCUACGUGCCAGAGGAGGAUAAGUCCAUCUUUGGGCGAAGUGUCAAUAAGCAGGUGUUUGAUGGUCUGACCACGGCCCUGCUGCAUACCACCGCUUCUGUGCUGAGCUGCCUGCGCUCGGCCGAGUCGGAGUCGGGUCGCGGCGGAGAGAGCCCACGCAUCACCUCCCCCGACAGCAAGAGCAAGCCAUCACCCGCUGACAGCUUCACCACACGCACACAAGACCUCAUUAGCUACGUGGUUAACAUGGGCCUGAUGGAUAAACUCCAAGGCUGCUUCCUGUAUGUCCAGGGCCCCGUGGAUGAGAGUCCCAAGAUGGCCGCUUUCCUGGAGCAGUCUGCAGCACUGCUGUACACCACAUGCAAACUCUGCUUUACUGUCACCAGCCGGUCCCUGAGCAUCUUUGACAACAAGCGCCAGGACCCAACGGGCCUCACCGUCCUGCUCCGCUCCACGGACCUGGUGGGCGUCUUGCACAUGCUCUACUGCAUCCUCCUGCACAGCUACUUGCCGGAGCCCCCCCACGGCACCGUCCCACCCUCCGCCGGCACCACCGCCGCCCCAAUCAUGCCCACCACUACUGUGGGCUGCUCCCAGGAGCCCUACACCUCAGCGGUCAUCCAGGUGGCCCUGCAGGGCGUGCGCUUCCUCAACAGCUUCGCCCUGCUGGAUCUCGCCGCCUUCCAGUCUGUUUUAGGGGCAGAGGGCCUGUCCCUGGCCUUCCGUCACAUCGCCAGCUCGCUGCUCUGGUACUGCUCCCAGCACAAGUGUGAGGAGCUGCUCCAUGAGGUCAUCAUCUGCGUGGGCUACUUCACCGUCAACCAUCCCGACAACCAGGUUAUGGUGCAGUCUGGAAGGCAGCCCAGUGUCUUGCAGAAACUGUGUCAGCUGCCGUUCCAGUACUUCAGCCAUCCGCGCCUCAUUAAAGUGCUCUUCCCCUCGCUCAUCUGCGCCUGCUACAACAACCAGCAGAACAAGGUCAUCCUGCAGCAGGAGAUGAGCUGUGCGCUGCUCGCCACCUUCAUACAGGACUGUGCUCCAGCUGAAAAGAGUGGUGACAACAAGACAUCACAUCAAGAGAAAUCCUCCUCUUCACCGCUGGAUUACUGCGAGCUCUCCAACCGCUUCCCCCGAGACCUGUGGGACUCGGCUCUGCAAUUUUUCCUCAAGAAACAGGAGGACUGAUUCACUUUAAUACACAUGCACACACACACACACACACAUAUAUAUAUAUACAUAUAGCGUCUUCCUCGCUGAGACACACAAGCUCCACCCUGGUAAAUAUUAGCGCUACCCAAGAGCCGCAUCCGUUCACACCUCUUAGUCCACACACACACACACACACACACACACACACACACACACACACACACACACAGAGAGACAUACACACU